AUGAAUUAAAAUUUUUUCGACAAUGCUAACCAAAAAUAACAACUUUAUAAAGCAUUAUCAAAAUAUAAUGGUCCAACUACUUCAACUCCAAGCAUUUUGUCAGAAUAUUUAUCAUCUGCAAAAACAUAAACAUCAAAUAAUAAAAACAACUCUAAUAGAGUGAAGCCUUUACUCAGUCCAUAAAAUAUUUCAAAGCCUAUCUAAAAUGAUUCAUUAAGAAUUAAAACUUCUACUCUUCACUUUCCUUAAAAACAACCGGUUUCCCAUCACAUCAAAAGUCUUUCCUCAGAUAUCAAGCAGCAACCACAACCUCCAAUUAGAAGGAGAGGAAGACAGGAAAGAAUGAUAUUUCAAUCGGAUUCCUAGCAAGCUCCAUUCUUGAUCAUACAAAAUAAAGUCAGAGAUUCAAGAAGAAUGGAUACUGUCAGAAAGAGUACCUUGCCCUCAUUGCAGCUGGAAUCACAAAGAAGCAUCUAAAUUACAAGUCCGAGAAUAACAGACAUCCCUUUGGUGCCAAUUCAAUAAGUAACCGAAAUUUAAGAUUCAAAAAGCCAACUUUUUUAAGAAGCAGAUAAAUUUUAUAUGGAUGAAGUAAAUAAUGCAGAUGAUAAUGAAUUUGUAAAUGAAGACAAAAAAGCAUCAGAUCUUUUCAAUAUAUUAUAACGAAAGGUUAGUAUCACUGAGCCAAAUGAAUUGAAUGAACUUAAAAAUCAAAAUGAAAAUUAGGAAGAGGUCUUUUAGACUGAAAGAGAAGUCAAUUUUGAUGACGAUGAAUUAUAAUCAUCGAGAGCAAUGAAAAAAUUAAGCGUAAAGAUGAAAUUCAAAAAUGCUGUAUCCCAGUAAGUUUAGAAUAUGUUUAAACAUAGAGAAUUAAAAUCAUUGUUUACAGUCAUCAUCUCACCUGAAUUCAGUUCAAAACAUGAAGAGGAAAGGUAGAAAAUUAGUGAUUAAUACGAAUAAGGAAACUUUAUAUUAGCAAAAAAUAUGUAAACCCGCAAAAAAUCCAAUAAUAUUGAAUCUAGAUAAAGCAUUAAAUGCAUCAAAGACAAAUAUGUUUUUAAACAUAGUCACAAAAUAAACACUAUUGUUUAGAGUCAAUUACAAAAAUUAAAUACAACAAACAAAGCAUUUUAAAGAAAAAUAUCAAUGAUCAAGGGCACACAAUGGACUACUAAAGAAUGUGACUAUCCAUAAUAAUAGUAAUUUUCCUUAUUAAACAAAUUUAAAAAGUAAUCUGUCUAUUCAAAUCAGAUUGGUUAAGGAUAAGUAAUACAAAAUAAUUAUGAAUAAAUUUUACCGAAUUUAAUGGAUGAUGCUAAUAAAAUAAUUAUUACAAUUACUAAUCCUAUAUUGUAAAAUACAAUUUUGGAAUUUAACAAGCCUAAAUUUAUUGUUCAUAUGGAUACUAUUAUUGAUGAAUAAGUAAUUCAACCAAUUUCCCCACCUAAAAAAGCCAUUCAGCAUUCCUCCUCAUUACAUUCAUCUUUUAAAUUGUAAAAAAUAUAAAAUUCAGCCUCUUAAUCAGUUAUUAUUAAUAAAGAUCAUAUUUCUAAUCACAAUGUGUAUAAUAGUAUUUUGAAUACGAAUACUAUUGAAGAUAACAGCAAUUUGGAUUUUAAUUAAGAAUAUUCUAAAUCAAAUUUAUAUGUGAGACUCUAUUAUCAAAAUAGAUUACAUAAAAUACCACAAAAGAUAUCUUAUACUUAGCAUAAUUUAAAAGAGAUUGAAGAUAUAUUUUACUAAUAUGUCUCAAUGAUAACUGGUUCUUAAAUGUAAAUCUUGUUUUUAGGAUUAGUUCUUUUUAAACAAGCCGUAAUUUUACGAAAUAAAUUAAGAGCAUAGAAAAAUCAAAUUUAGUUUAAGAAUCACAAAUAUUUUUUGAGAAAUAUGAUAUUCCCUAGUUACGAAAACAGUUCUCGUUUGACUUUGAAAAUUCAAUUAGUCUUCUAUCUAGUUAAUCAGAUUAGAGUAAUUCAUUUGAUCAAAUUUUAGAGGGACCAAAUAGCAGUAAUUGAUUUCAUAAAACUAGAUUAGGACUUUAAGUUGAUCAAAAACAUGAAAGUAAAAUGA